AUGGAAUACGCGUAUAGACUCUUCAAGAACGUUCAGUUCUUCUACAAUACGCUGAAUCCAGCAACUCUGUCCGGUAUAAUUUUAGCAUCACCGUUCCACAUUCAUAAUUUUCGUGCAAUCGAUGUAAUCGUGGUUGAACAGCCAGACGGCACCUUAGUGUCGACUCCUUUCCACGUUCGUUUCGGUAAAUAUGGGGUUUUUACGAGCAAUGAAAAGUAUGUGGAUGUCACUGUGAAUGGUGAAGAGAUCGAUCUGAAAAUGAAACUCGGUGAGAAUGGAGUUGCUUUCUUUGUUGAGGAAACCGAGGAUGCGGACGUUCCAGAAUAUCUGGUCACCAGUCCAUUACCGUCGGAAGGUCGUGACAUUGACAUAACAAAGGUUUUGAUCAACUUUUUAAUGGAAGGGAAUGAAUAUGAACGUCUAUUCAAGGUGAUUGAACAAAGUGUAAGGGCACUGGAGGAACGACAAAAGCGAUACAAUAGUCGUUCGGCGAACAAACGAGUCGAUUCCGGAAGUACCAGUAUUGUUUCGAGUCUCUUUUCCAGAUCACCCUCGCCUAGUUCUGGGCGAAGUUUUGACGAGCAAAAGAAGUUAAAGGAGAUGAAGAGCAAAAAGUCGCUUCCAUUCAAUGCGUCGCUGUUCAGUCAACGUCGCUAUCGAUCUCUGCCGAAUCUUAGUGAGUUAGUUGAGGCGAGUAAUCUAGAUACAACUGACAAUCUGGAAUCUAAUCUGGAAAACGAUGUGCCUCUUAUCGUUGAUGACACUAACAAGGACCAAUUUAAAAUGAAACAGCAACAAGUCAAGAAAGAUGGCAGAAGGUUUUAUUUUCAGCUGAUCCGUUAUUAA